UUUUUUUCUGCGCCGUAUCCAGGAAGUCGUCUGUGGUUGUCAAGCAAACUUUUGCUUGUAAGCAAAGUGCCUUCAGUCUGUAAAAUGUUUAGCGUUAACGUUGGCUCUUUUUAGUCUGUAGUUUUCUACAACAGAUGAAAGAUGAGUUGCUGUCAUGGGUCCCAGCCCCAGGAGGUCCGGCCUGGUACAGCACGGGUCCUGGUGACUGAGCUGAGUGGAUCAGGCCACAUCAACCCAACUCCUGCCAUGAAGCCCUGUGAGGACUCUGAAGCAGACGUGGAGCUUUACCUCUCUCCAGAGAAGCUGGAAUUGCUGUGUGGAACAAGGGAUCUCUCUCACGUGACCUCACUGGAGAUCUGUGUAGACACGCAGGAAAACACACUGGGUAACUUUGGUGCCUACUUGCCCAGGCUGGAGCAGCUCAGAAUGAACAACAGUGUGAUUAUGUCAGUAAGAGACCUGGGAACCACCCUCUCCCACCUGCAGGCACUGUGGAUGCCUCGCUGCUUCCUACAAGACCUAGAUGGCAUUUCUACUUUCUUGUCUCUCAAGGAGUUGUAUGUGUCCUAUAACAACGUGUCAGACCUGAGUCAGGUUGGCAUGCUGGAGAACCUGCAGCUGAUCGAUCUGGAAGGGAAUGAUGUGGAUGACCUAGUCCAGGUUCAGUAUCUAGGUUUGUGUGGCAAACUCCAUACACUCACGCUGGAGGGAAACCCUGUGUGUAUACGCCCAAUCCCCACCGCUAUCCAGACACAAGACUAUAGUUAUCGGGCUGCAGUGAGGGAGUUGGUCCCUCAGCUGCGUUACCUAGACAAUUUCAGGGUGGAGGAGGAUGGGCGUAGUUGCAGCAGCACCAUGGGAGAAGACUGGGCCAUUCUCCAAAACUCCAUCAGAGACUGUAACUCUUCUCAGGCAGCUACUGAAGAUGAGGACACAGUAGACGGUGCAUGUCCUUACAGCAGACCUGCCUCAGCCAGGCGCCCUGCUUCCAGCCACUCUUCUGUCCGGUCCCUCUCCUCAGCAGGCUCCAGACCUCACACUGGCUCCAGACCUAUGUCAGUAACUAGAUCUGGAGUUCUCUCUCCUUCUGGAUCAAGACCUGGUUCUGCAGACUCUGAUCUAGCAACUGUGGAAGCAGAAACCAGCACCUUGACUCACGGAGCUGGUAAGAUCCUGUUCUGUGGAAACCCAGUCCAGGCUAUUCGAGCAAGGCGAGAAAAGUUAAGGACAGCACCCAGCAAGUCUACGUUCACCCCCCGUGACUUGCCUAUUCAUGUUCCGGAACAUACAUAUGACCUUGAGGAGUCUGAUGUUAGAGAACGCGUUGAUGUGUUGGCUGAGCUUAGAGCCUGGAGGGAGCAGCACAGCAGGCGUCUCCGGGCCAUAGAGACAGAGAGAUUACCACAGAUCCUGGCUAUUCAGCAUAGUGAUGAAGCAGAGGAGGAAGAUAAUGAUGAUGAAGAAGAAGAAGAAGGCUCUGGUGGCAUAAGCAGUGACAGUAGUGAGGAAGAACAUGGAGAGGAGAAGCAUCGCAACAGCCUUGAUACUGCCUCACCAGAUUCUUCUUUCCACUCUCUUUCCCCAGAUCUGCAUCAAAGAGAAGCCUUUUCCCCUGACGUAGCUCGACUGUCCCUGUCCCCAGACACCACGCUGUCACCUUCUCCCCCUCUCAGUGCCACACCAGCUACUGGUAAUCGCAAGCCACCGGGGAUCCGUGCACGUAGGCUUCGACUCAGCCAGACCAAUUCAGAACAUUUACCUGAUUUCAGCAAAGUAGGUCAACCCCCUGGGACAGGUAUAACUGUAGGAGGCACAAACCUGACACUCCAGAGGGACCAGCUGUUGACCAGGACUGAUGUGUUGCCCUUGUCUGCACACAUACCCCUCCCGCCUCCAACAAACGCCCUUGUUGUUGCAGAGAUGGACUUAUCCGGCUUACAGUCUGGCAGGAAGCAUCUUCAAAGUCCUCAGAUGUCCAAACUCCAGGAUAGACCGGUGAUUACACGUCCUCACACAGCCAGGGCAGCUCUGCAGAAACAUCACCAUCACCACAUACUCCAGCCCUGCAGAGGGAGCUCACACCCAGACUGACACCAGAAUGGGCAGGUGUUUGGCAGCUUGGCCACUAAUCAGACUGUUACAUAUGCAUACAUAAAGAGAGUGGUAGAGGCCAUUCAGGGAGAUCAUUGUCCUUAUUGCUCUGAACAUCACUUACACAGUGGUUUGUUGGAAUUAGCUGUUUGUUUGUUUGUUUUCUACUGAAGAUCCAUAAGAUACUGAGAGUAUUCCAACACCAACACCCAGUAAACUCAACAUGAGUAAGUGUCAUGUGAGAUAAUCCUUCAAAUUCUACUGAGUUGCUACAUGAAAAUUAAAGAGGAUGUGACUAUUACCUCACAUUUACAUUUCUCAGGUUGAAAUAUUGAAUUAUUCUAACUAAAUGCUACCUUUUUUUCUUUGAUUCAAUUAAAAACAAAAUCAACAAACAAAAUGAUUUUAGAUUUUCUUUCAUUAAAACUGAGCUGUGAGGUUAAUGAAAUGCAAAGAUUCAUUCCAUCUAAGAUUUCCUGAAGUGUCAGUGAUCGUUUUGAUAUUCAUGGUGUAAUAGUCAAAUCCUGCCACUUGAUGGCGCUAUCUGUAAACAUUGAAUCGAAUUCAUUGCUUCAAUCACCUUGAGCAAACUAUCCUUGAAAUCCUUGAAACACAAGAUUCAUUCCAUUUAGUUGCCUGUUUAUCCAUAUCUAAAGUGGCAUUUGCAUCAAAGAGAGUAUAAUUACGUACGUAUAAAGGCAUAGAUGCAAGCUUUGGCCCUGCACACUGCUAAUACAAGAGAACAUGUUUCGUGAUGUAUUGACUGAUACACUGCACAAGUAAUGAAGUGGAACAAAUCAAGUCUAUUUAGAAUUUAUGUCCUAACUGUGACCUAUCCUAUCAUUUUCCACAAGCUAUUGGAAAUUAUCUGUCGUUGCAGUGUCAAGAACAAUACUAGACUGUUCUGUCUCCUAGAUACCAGAGAGGCAGCCAAGACUAAUAUCUUUGUAGUUCGUAAGCUAAAAAAAUGUUGAGAUUAGCGGUUUGUUUUGAAACUGUCAGGCAGAUCUUAACCUGUAAUUCCAUUUCAGGUGAACCACUACAACCAGCAUGCAGAUGUUUCCAAACUUGUCUGUUCUUUUGUAUGAAUACCUGACAGGACCUGGCACCCACACUAAGAAAGACACAUCUAAAAGCCCUUCCCAUUUUUCUGUCAUCCUAACCUCAGCUGUGCCCAGAGAAACAGGAUGUAAAUAAAUGAGUCAAAGUAACAAAGCACAGACAGUCAUUAAACCUUGAAAGCACUGGUAAGGCUUGUCACCACAGUGUUAGAUUAAGAGAUACA